AUGCCCAAGAGGAAGGUCAGCCCCGCCGAGGGGGCGUCGAAAGAGAAGCCCAAGAGGAGGUCGGCGAGGUUGUCAGCUGAUAAGUCUUCAGACAAAAAAGUGCAAACAAAGGGGAAAAGGGGAGCAAAGGGAAAACAGGCUGAAGUGGCUAACCAAGAAACGAAAGAAGACUUACCUGCAGAAAACGGAGAAACUAAAAAUGAGGAGAGUCCAGCCUCCGAUGAAGCAGGAGAGAAAGAAGCCAAGUCUGAUUAAUACCAUAAACCGUGUCUUAUCAGUGGUCCCUGUCGCCCUUCUUGUACAAUCCAGAGGAAUAUUUUUACCAACUAUUUUGUAAAUGCAAGUUUUUUAGUAGCUCUAGAAACAUUUUUAAGAAGGAGGGAAUCCCACCUCAUCCCAUUUUUUAAGUGUAAAUGCUUUUUUUUUAAGAGGUGAAAUCAUUUGCUGGUUGUUUAUUUUUUGGU